AUGUCCGGCAACAAACAUCCCAGCCUCCUGCCGCUCACCGCGCUCCUGUUGUGCGCGACGAACCAGAAUGCAGCCCAAGACGCUACGACCAACUACGUCACGGUGAAGACGACCAAUGGUCAAGUGCGCGGCAGACUCCUGGACGUGGACGGUGCGUCCGUGGCACAGUUCCUCGGCAUACGGUACGCCGAGCCUCCCGUCGGAGAACUUCGUUUCCGGAAGUCCGUGCCAGCUCGACCGUGGCAGCCGGACACUGUGGAUGCCCUCGAAUUCGGUAGCCCCUGCGCCCAGGCCAACGGUUCCUUGCCUCCGGUGUCGUGGCUCGUGCCUCGCGACAAAGUCAGUGAGGACUGUCUCUUCCUCAACGUCUGGUACCCACUGGGUGACGGCCAGGACACUCUCGGUGUCCUCGCGUGGAUUCACGGCGGCGGCUUUCGCACUGGCACGGCCUCCGAUCCCGACUACGACGGGAGGAAGCUGGCGGCGGUCGGCAACGUCGUGGUGGUCACCAUCAACUAUAGGCUCGGCUCGUUCGGCUAUCUCUACACCGGUCCGGGCACAUCGACCGGCAACUACGCGCUCUGGGACCACAACUUGGCCCUCCGAUGGAUAAGGGACAACAUCGCGCACUUCCGCGGAGACCCGGGAAGAGUGACGGUGUGGGGAGAGAGUGCCGGUAGCAUAGCCAUUGGCUCGCUCCUCCUGUCGCAGCAGAACGUCGGUCUCGUCCGCAGGGCCAUCAUGGCCAGCGGAAGCAACUUCUGGCUUUUACCGCCCAUGAAUAAAGUCGGUCACGAGUUCGCCGACCGGAUUGCCAGGCACGUGGGUUGCCUGGACUCCAACAAGCCUUCUUCCAAGACGCACCCGGCCCAAGUACUCCGGUGUCUGCGCUCGGUGUCGGUUGACGCCAUAAUCGACGCCGAGCAGACCCAGUUUCCCGACGACCUCGUCACCUUCCGUCCCGCCUUCGGUGACGAGUAUCUGCCGCUGCCGGACCUGACGAGCCUGUCGAAGAGCAUGUUCAUUCCCUUAGAGAGCCUGCUCACGGGGGCAGCCACGGAGGAAGGCAGCGCCUUCCUGUACUACAAGGACCACGUGCUAUUCGGCCCCACGAUGCCCGAGCUGACCAGGAAGCAGGCGUUCGACUUUGCUCUUAAGCACUACUUGGGAGUGCUGCCCGAGCCCGUCCAAACGAUGAUAAGGGAGUUUUACCAGAAGAACGUCACCAGUGACGAAGAUUGGCAAGGCGUGUUCCGGUCGCUGAUGGACAUGGUGGGCGACUACCUCAUCUUCUGCCCGACCAAGUUCCACGCGGAGCUCUUCGCCAAGGCCAAUCGCCCCGCCUACUUCUACAUGCUGGACUACCGGUCCGAGAAAGGCCGCUUCCCGCCAUACAUGGGCUCAAUGCACUUCGAAGACGUGCAGUACUUCUUCGGCCUGCCGUUCGUAUUCCCCAGCCGACACACGGACGAGGACCGAGCUUUCAGCCUGCUCUGCAUGCGAGUCAUCGGCACGUACGUCAACACUGGGAAACCUCAGCUGCCCGAGAGCGACAUCGAUUGGCCCGUGUUCACCAAGGAGCAGCCGACGCACGUCACACUGCGCGCGAGAAACAGCACCGUCGAAUGGGGAUUCCACGAGGACGGAUGCAACCUGUACAGAAGAAUCUACGAGAUGUUGAACAUCAGCACGCCCUGACAGCCACGCGACCUCGAGGUUGUUUUCGGGACCAGAUGCGGCUCGAUAACGGUUCCUCCGCGCAUCUUAUGCACCACACAUGUAUUGUACGCACCACAUAUGUCCGCCUGCGCCUUCCGUGUUCUAUAGACGAAACCGCAUAAUCAUUCCGUUGCAGUGGGGAUGCGCUGUUCCCUCCCAGACGAACAUCGCUACGAACGUCAAGCGGUCCUUUCGUACGUACAAUUUAUAAAAUUCCAGGGAGACUGUUCCUGUUCAACGCAACCUGUACACAUAAGAUCA